CCUUCAUCUGAUAAUUUUAUUUUUAAUCAUCUGACAAUUAUAUUUUUUUACUACAGACUGUGUGAAUAAGGUCUUGCUGCAAUCUUCAAAUGAACAUGAACGAAAUAUAUUGAAGUACAAACGAUUGGUUAAUACAGACAUAUGCCGCUUGGUUGAAAAUUCGUUCAAUCUUAUAAAUACUACAUGUGCACAUCAAAGUUGUUCAUAUCUUAUUUCAACGAGCGCAUCAGAGAAAGCAGGAUGGCUCAUAAUUACCAGCUAUGUUUGAUAGUUUUGAUUGUGGUAUUCCUAUCUCAAAGUGCUUGCUUUGCACAGUUCGUACCAGGACCAGACACAUCAGAACAAUUUUUUGUAAUUGAAGGCCUUGGAGAUGGAGGUUCUCUAGGAGCUGGUGCAGAGACUGGUAUAGUAGGUAAUACAGGGCCUGAUUUAUCAGCUUUUUUCCCUCUUUUACUACUUGCACCCUUAUUACUUGCGGCAACGGCACCGGCUGCACCAGCAGCGCCAGCACCGGCUGCGGCAGCACCAGCACCAGCACCAGCACCAGCACCAGCACCUGCUGCACCGAGUCCAUCAGUAACAACGCCAGUCCUACCCACUACAACAUGUGUUCUGCAAUGCCCUGCAACGUACAUGAUGUUAGCCGACACAACGAUUAGUCCUAAUUGUUACCUUGGUAGUGGAACUAGAACGGUACCUUGGCAAGAAGCUUUGGCGAAUUGUCUAGAGACACCAGGUGCCUACCUGUGGAGACCAAACACUAGACAAGAAGCCGAAGCAGUUAGAACUAAAUUAGGUAUAGGCGAAGGCAUAAAUGUGUGGACCGGUGCAAAUGAUCUGGUAAACGAAGGCGUGUUUUCAUUUAUUGUAGAAAAUAGCGGAUUUGUACUCACCGCUCCCCCAUUUGGCAUGGCCGGAACGAUAGGAACUGCAGCUACUGAUGACUGUGUGGCAAUAAAUAAACCAACCGCAGCAGAUUAUCAAUGGACUGCCUUUCCAUGUGAAAACGUUUACACAUACGUUUGCGAAGUUCCACCAAGAUGUCCAUAGAGAGUAUGCUUGCUGCCAUCGUAGAAUAUUGUUGAUGAUUGGUACAAUAAAAUUGUAAAAGAAGACUUAUCUUUUCUUAUAAAAAAAACACCAAAAAGAAGAUAUCAAGGUGGCAUAAAAAAAUUGUUAAUCGAUUAAAACUAACAAUACAGGACAAAUAAAUCGUAUAAAAGUGAAGCACAAGAAAUCGUAUAAAAGUGAAGCACAAGUCCACAGAAAACUAAGCAGACAAACAAAAAAAUGAGCAUCGCGAACCCCACCGCCCCUCCUCCCUCUCAAAAAAAAUAUAAAUAUAUAACAAAAAACAGAAACAAAAACAAUACAAGACAAAAAACGAACGAAAACGAGAACAAAAACCAAUUUAUACUGCUUAUAGUAAUAAUUUAAGCACUUAACUGAUAACCAAUGAUCUUGGUGUUAUUGUGAUAAUAAUUUAUUCGUCAGAUAUCCUUUUUUAACUUUUUAUUAGGUAGUGAUUAUUGGAAAAGACAAAAAAUGCAAGCUGAUGGAACUAAGGGUCGUUUUCUGAUCCCCAAGGAAAACUGUAUCUUACCAUGACUUACAAUUUAUCAUUUAUCAGAGCCUAUCAGAGUUAGAAAAUUAAAACAAUACUUUAUAAAUUUAAUGCGCCCAAAGCGCUUUUCAGGAUUUUCCUUCAUCAGUAACGCUCAAAGCCGAAGACUUGAAAGUCAAAUAUGUAUAAGAAUCGAAACAUCGAGGAGCUAUAUGACCAAGAAUGACCUAAAAAUAAUAGCCAAAAUAAUUUUUAAAUUAAGAACUAAGUUUAAGUUCUUGUGUCUGUCAAAACAAUAUUCCACAUAUAUGACGCUAGUGCAAAUGUUGAUUCCAUACAAAGGCAUUUUGCUGGAAUUGACCUAGAUCUGCAACGUUUGACAGGUAUCACAUUCUACGAUAUCAAUUCUAGCAAUAAGCUUUGAUAACUGUUUGUUUUACCUACUUUUGUUAGGAUUGAAAUUCUGCCAUCAUUUCUUAAGGUUUUUUUUGCUUUUUUCGUUAUAUAAGCAAGUAAGCGUGUAACAGUUAUUUGGAGAUUUUAGUUUUUUAAUAUGUUUUUCAUGGUUUUUCCUGAUUUCCCUAUAUAUAAAAAUAAGGAGAUGUGGUAUGAUUGAUUCCAAUGCCCAGACAGUGGAAGCCAUCGCUGGGUAGACAUGCCUGCAUUAAUGAAUGUGGCGUCAUUUUCCUGUGUUGUUGAGAAUUUUCGACAUUAUCUGUUGUUACGGAAUAUGUGAUUUACUGUUGUUGCGCCAUCCCCAUAUUACGGAAAUAUUUAUGUACUAAUAACAAAAAUAAACAAUUGUCAUUGUGUUUUCAAAGUAUACGUUCUUCUAUCUUUGGUGCUAAAUAUAUUUAUAUUUUGUCUAUGUCUAAAUAGUUUUGUUCUAUUGUUCAACCUUCAAAAAGUAAUUAAAGCAUCUUUAUUUGAUAAAUUCUUCAAAAUAAUGAUUCUUCAGGACUCACUUAUCAUUGUCAACUUAAAUGGUAGCUGCCUAAUUGUGAACUUUCAAUUUCUAUGAAGCAGCAUUUCUACAGUUACUGCAUGUGGAGUAUAUAUGUAGGACUCGGGGAUGCGAUUGGUACGCUGAAGUGCAAUGGUCUUUCUAAGGUGCGAUGAUCUGCGCCGAAGUGCGAAGGUUCUUUUGCUGGUGUGCGAUGGUCUAUAUUACUUUUUUUCUUCGUUAUAACUAAUAAAUUUCAUUUUACAUUUAAAACAAAUCCCACGUUGUUUUAGUCAUUGCAAUAAAUGCUGGUUUUAACUGAAAAUAACCCUUGUGUGUAGCGUUUAUAGUGGUCAAUUUCAUAUCAUAUGAACAACUGUUUAUUUUUGUGUAAGCUAUUUAAAAAGUACACGACAACGUUACAGUUACGAAUGCAAUGGCUAUUUAUCAUGAUGGAUUUCAAAAAAACGUGUUAUACUCUCGAUGAUUUAUUUAAAAAAUUAACAGCUUAUUCUAACAAACAAGUUGACUUCUACAUCGACAUUCAUCUCACUUCGGCGUAGCUACCAACAAGAUAACUUCGAAAGUUUUAAAUAUGUUAUCAAGAGUUGGUUGACCGUUGUAGAAUAUAUGUUCCGAAUCAUCGAGAUCAUUCACGGUUUUUGGUGGGGAUCGUGGUGCUCAGUCUUUAGCUUACUUUGCUGUGUUUUGUAAACUGUUGUUCGUUUUUUUGUUGUUUUUUGUUUUUUUGCUAAGGCAUUGUAAGUUUGUUUUCGACUUAUGAGUUUGAGUACCUUUUUGAUAUCUGUAGCCUCUCUUUUACACAUAUAACAACCGAUAUGUUUCAAUUGUCGUAAUACUAUCCCAAUUGUUCUUUUCCUUGUAUAAGACUUCACUGAAUGAUACUUAUUACCUGAUUCGUUUUGACGCGAGCAACACAACGGAUACCACAUUUGGGAGCAGAAUCUGCUGAGAGUUUUUUGUUGGGUUCGUAUUGGUCAGUCUUUAUUGUUCUAUCUUUGAAGUGCUUUGUUGACAGUUGUUUGUCUUUUCGUCGUUUUUAGUUAUUUGUAAAAGAGUUGUAAGUUUCUCUUUGCAAUUUUAAUGUCCCUUUGGUAUUUUCCACCGAUUUUAAGCUCCAACGGACAAGGAGAAAUCACACACAUGACUGCAAAAGCUCAAUAUAGCACAAAACACUAUGGCGUACACGUGGCUACCCUCAACUAUUCAUUGAUGUCAUUAAUUUUUUUUUUGCAAAAAAAACUUAAAAAUAAAUUAGAAUCAAAUGUUUCCUCAAAUAUCUAAUGCCCUUUUUAUAAUAUGCUAAAUUUAUUAGUGUUGCUUAUUAUAUGUUAUUCUAACCGUCAUUGAUUCAAUGUUAAUAAGCAAUUUCAGCAGUCAUGUUUCUGGUACUCUCUUAAUCAUGGCAUGUUUUUUUCCAACAAAGCAAAAUAUUUCAUCAAAACGUUGUUGUUAAAGUCUAAUUGCACAAUAUCAGAUAAAAAAUCGUCUCUUAUUAAUUGCAAUUUAUCCAAAUGGAGACAUUGUUUGUUUACACCAGAUUUACAUUAUAUAUUUCAAAUUCCUUUCUAUGUUCGUAUGUUCGGAAUUCUAUGCGACUGUCAUACAAGUGAGAGGUUCAGCUAGCUAUUAGACCGGGGUUAAUCCAUAAUUUUCUACAUAAGGAAAUGCCUGUACCAAGUCAGGAAUAUGACAGUUGUUUUCCAUUCGUUUGAUGUGUUUGAGCUUUUAAUUUAUGCCAUUUGAUAAUAGAAAAUAAACAAACAUAAAUAAAUAAGAUGAUAAUGGCAUAGGAUGAUUAUGAUAGCUACUAUACUAUUUUUACCCGACCUUGAUCAGAUACAGAUUAUAAUAAACUGUAAGGUACUAGGUAUUUUCAAACAGUAUUUUUCAGAAAAAGUCGAAAUAUUUAUUGCAGACUCGCAUUUAGCUACGUUUCAGAAUGUUUUAUGAGUUCUCGGGAAAUCAGAAGUUCUUCAUUGAAUAUUCGAUUGAGCAAAAAAUCUGAGAACUAAUCUAGUUUGUAUUGGAUACCUUAUCUUCAUAAAACUCCAUACAAACAACGGGAAAUUGACCAAGGGAUUGUUCGAUAGAUUGACUAAAAAUGUAAUCCGCAGUGAAAGAGGGAUUGCAAAAAUACUGGGAUUCUGUUCACACGCGUGGUGGCAUUAACCAUAUGUGAAAUCUUAAGAGCUCUAAAGAACUUCUUGAUAAUUUUAAAUCUCGGUACUUCUCUGAAAUAAUGUUUAUCAAAACGUUUGAUUAUUCCACCCUUUACACAACUAUACCACAUGAAAAUUUUAAAAUCCGUUUAAAAGAAAUAAUCCACGAUACUUUUCUCCAUACAGAAGGUACGAUACCUCUCAAAAUAGGAUACAAUUCGGCAAAUUUUGUUAAAAAUAAACACGAGGAUAAAACAACUUACACCGAUUGCCAGAUUGCCAAUGAGACAAAUAACACAGAAAUUACAUAUAUUGAAUGUCUAUUUAUUGAAUUGUCUAUUAUGUGAAAUAAGUUUAAACCAGUUCUCACUUUUUUCAAGUCUUUAACAAGCUCAAGCAGUUGUUACCAGAUUCAAGGGUUGAAGUUUUCUGUUUAGAUUUUGAGUCAGGAGCAUGGUCAGCUAUAAAGACGGUAUUCCCGACAGCAAAAAAAUCAAGGGUUGCUCGUUCCACUGGACCCAGGCCGUCAUGAGGAAGGUAGCAACACUUGGUUUAAAGUGCCAGUAUAACCAGAAACAGGCCACUCACCUUUUCAUCAGGAAACUACUUGCAUUACCCUUCCUGCCUGCAGACCACAUCAGGCCAGCAUUUCUCCAACUGGUAGAAUCCACCACCAAUGCCACGCAACAACUAAACGAGUUGAUGACAUACCUUCUUUGUAGGACGUGGUUCUCCAGUACUGUGUGGAGCGUACGUCAGUGGUCAGUCUAUCGCCAGUCCGUGAGAACCAACAAUGAUGUUGAAAGAUGGCAUAGACGCUGCAACGGCAAAGCUGGACGGGCCCACCUUCACUUCUAUAGGAUAGUUCCUGCCUUCCGUAAAGAAGCCAAGACAGUAAAGCUAACCCACAGACUCGUUAGUAGGCAGCAAGUGACCCGGUACCAACGAGAGACCUAUCGCCAGAUGCAGGGUAAACUGGUUGACUUAUGGGACCGGCUAGACGCCAACACACUGAAGACCUCAGAGUUCCUCAAACGGAUUGGGUAUAUGUACGCACCACCUGUUCCUGGUCCAGCAGACAUACCAGACUCCGACUAUUCUGACUCCGACUCCGACUUCGAGUGAAUGAUAACUUAACUUGUGUUUGUGUACUUUGUGUUUGACAAUCAUUAUACUAUGUCAACUGAUUUUUUUGGUUUGUAUAUGUACUCUGUAUUGUGUGCUAUGUAUAUCUUUCUGUAUGUUUCAGUGCUUGAUAUUGCUAAUCAUGUAAUCUAGUGCUUUAUCUGAUUUGAAUGCAAUUAAAAAUUGUUCUUGCUAUGUAUUGUUAAUUGAUGAUCAGAGUGACCAAUAAAGAUAUGAAAUAUU